AUGCAAUGCAGGUCAGUGGCUCAUCGCUUAUACUCCAAGGCCUCCCACAUAACGACGCCAAUUUUCUAUCCCAAUGCUAAACCACACCUUGGCCAUCUGUACUCCAGUUUAUUAUGCGACGUUCGUCAUCGAUGGCAGCUGUUGAAAGGACAUGUAUCCUUAUUUACCACAGGCACUGAUGAACAUGGACUGAAAAUCCAAAUAGCCAGUGAAACUAAUGGAUUUGAUCAGCCAAAAAAGUUUGUAGAUAAGCUAUACCUAGAUUUUGUUCAAUUGGACAAAAUAUAUGAUAUCAGUUACACUAGAUUCAUAAGAACCACAGAUCCUGAUCAUAUUGAAAACGUGAUAAGACUCUGGGAACUAUGUUUAAAAAAUGGCUUUAUUUACAAAGGUGACCAUAAAGGUUGGUAUUCAAUUUCUGAUGAAACAUUUUAUCCAGAAUCAAAGGUUAUUAAAGAUCCUAAACACGAAGGUAAAUAUUUGAAUACUGAAUCUAAUAAUGAAGUAUGUUAUCAAUCGGAAACAAAUUAUUUUUUCAAAUUAUCUCUAUUUGAGAGGAAACUACAUAACCACAUAAAGAACAACCCAGAUUUUAUUUUUCCUUCCUCCAAGAAAGAUCAAAUACUAAAAGAGCUAGAAGCUGGUGGGAAUUUACCAGAUUUGUCGAUAUCAAGACCCUCUGCACGGCUCAAGUGGGGUAUACCGACUCCUAAUGAUCCGUCCCAAAGAGUUUAUGUGUGGUUUGAUGCCUUAUGUAACUACCUUUCCUCUGUCGGCGGAAUACCCUCCAUCCUCCAUGACACUACCGAGGUGGUUUCAAAACAUCAGGACGCUAGAUUAAAUGAGGAGACUCAAUUGACAAUACCACAUCCGAGGGAAAUUUGGAAGAAUACGAUCCAUGUAAUAGGCAAAGACAUCGCCAAAUUUCAUACCAUAUACUGGCCUUCUUUCUUAUUCGCUGCUGGAUUGCCUUUACCAAAGCAAAUUGUCGUUCAUGGACACUGGCUAUGUAAUGGAGUGAAAAUGUCAAAAAGUCUCGGCAAUGUUGUAGAUCCAAUUGUCAUGGCAAAGUAUUAUGGCGCCGAUAUUGUGCGUUGGUUCUUAUUAGAAAAUUCCAAGUUGGAGGAGGAUGGUGAUUUUCAAGAAUCAAAAUUAUUCGAAACAAGAGAGUUGCUAGUCUCCAAAUGGGGUAAUCUGAUUAAUAGAUGUUGCGGCUCAAAGUUUAAUAUUGAAAGAGCUGUAACGAAGUUUAGUUGUAAGGGGGAUCUAAACUUGCAAAAAAUCUUUCAAAAUGAACCACAGACUUCUCAACGAGUUGAAAAUCUGCUUGAAUUAUUGGACAAAUCAAAGGAGGUAUUUGACGAAAAAAUAGCUAUAUUCCAGUAUUCUCAACUGUUAAAAUACGUCUGGGGUAUAAUCAACGACGCAAAUACCUUGGUUCAAAAUAGUAAGCCUUGGGAGAGAGAAGUCGACCAACAGGAUGCCAUAAUAUUCUUGUCUAUGGAAACCUCAAGAAUACUAUCUAUUUUGUGUCAGCCUAUAAUGCCAUCUCUUUCACAGCGCCUUCUAGAUCGCAUUGACGUUUCGAAGGAGAAAAGGACAAUAACCUACACUAAAUUGGGGUCCGAUGAAACUUACGGAAAACAUUCUAAUCUGAGAGGCAGAGAAGUGCCAUUGAAGAAAAUCGCAUACAGGUUAUCGGAGCAAGUAAUGGACAUUAAGUGA